AUGGACCCGUCGCCGCUGCUGGCGCUGGCGCUGCCGGCGCCCCCGCCGCGACGAGCGACGCUGCUGCCGUCGUCAGGCCCCCGGCGCCUGCUCAAGCGCCACAAGGCCCUCGGCACCGCGACCAGCGCCGCCGCCAUCGCCGCCGCCCGCGCCGUUGUCGCCGCCGCCGUCGCCACCAUCGUCGCCGGGGCGCCGCUCGCGACCAGCUACAGCGACGCCUACGCCCACACCGAGCGCCUUUGCCGGAGCAAACACCAGGAAAUGCUGCAAUUGGCCGACGCCGUCCUCGCGGAGAUCGGCGCCGGGUUCGCCGCCGAGUGGCAGCCGCAAUUGCGCCGCCUGGUGACGACGGCCGGAGGCGCCGCGGAAUUUAUCACGGUGUUAUCUCGGUGGCAGGCGAUAUCUGAAACGCUCCUGAAGGUGCUUUUGCCGCUCGACCGCGGCUACUUGCGCCACCACCUGACGAAACCGAGCAUUCGGCGCCGGUGUAUGAUGCUUGUGGUCGAGGAAAUUAAGGAGCACACCGCGGUGUUGAACCAGUGGCACUUGGAGAUGGUGAUGGUGAAACAACCGGUGACCCUGGCGGCGAUGUCGCAGUUAGUGUUUCAAGUUUCGGAAGCGCUCCCCGAAGCCAAACUCCGCACCAGCGUGCUCGAGCGGCUUGCCCUCGUCUAUACUGAACGCGGCUCCCAGUGGCUUACCACCGAGCCAAACUACGUGGCGCGCUGCCUUUCGGAGAUUGCUUCCGAAAUCAGCUACUGGCAGCGGUGUGGCUAUCCUCAGUCGUUUGUCAAUGACUUACGCAAGCGGCUCAAAUGGGCGGUGGUAUUCUCCCACUUUGACGCCGUCGCCGCCGCUGCCCUCCCGCAAUUGUUGGCGCCCGGCGCCGCCGCCAGCACCCUCAUUAAAGCGCUCGUCGCCAUGUGUCGCGCUGCCAGCGACGACUACGGCUACGACGCCGUCGCCGCCCUCCGCCACCAGGCGCAACUGUUUUUGACGCGACAAUUCGAUGACGUUAUCGCUACCCACACCCGCCGCAAACGGUUUGUUUCAGACCUUGUUUCAGCUUACCACCAGUGGCGCCACCGGUUUGCUGCAUUUACCGACGCCGAACCGCGAUUAGAGUACGCAUGGCGCCAGCUGUUUACCCAGGCGGUCAACGGGCUGGCUUAUGUCAGCAAGCACGUCGCCCUCCACCUUUGUCGCCACUGUGACACGUGGUUUAAACACCACCCGACGCUGUGGGCCGAGUUCAAACGCGAGGUGUUGGUGGUGUUUGAGGCGCUCAACGCCAAGCUGGCGUUUGUCGCUAGUUACCGCCAGUUUGUGGCGAAACGGUUGUUACUGGUCGACGGGGUGGGACCCGAUUACGUAAGCGAAGAGCGCGGCGUCGUCGACGGGUUCGCCGGCGUCAUCGGCGACGACGACGCUAAUAUCGUCGCUAUCCGCCGCAUGGUGACCGAUUGGGCCACGUCACGCGACCAGUACUCCCACCUCUACGCUAACGACGAUGACGUUAACCCCGAUAAUAUUGACGUCAACGUGCUUGUGCUUCGCCACGACGACUGGCGCGACGUGCCGAAACCCGCGGGAACCCCUGCGUUGGUGGUGCCACCCGUGUUUCAAAAAUUGGUCCACCGGUUCGCCCAAGACUACGCCUCCACCUCCCAGCGCCACCAGCGCCAGCGGCUCGAUUGGACCAACUGGUGGACGCACAAGGUGACGCUCGCCGUAGCGUUUGACCGCGGCACCCGCGAAGUGCAGGGGAACAUGGUCCACGCCAGCGUGGUGGCGCUCCUCUGCGCCGGCGGCGACCCCCAGCCGCAGUAUACUGAGGCGGAAUUGACUACCAAAUUGGGGGUGGAGGCGGCGACGACGGAGCGCAUUGUCUCGCCGUUAGUGGACAAAGGGCUUAUAGUUUGUGACCCCACCACCCAGUUGUUGCGGUGGAAUUUUGCGUUCGACGAUGGUUCCGAUAAGAAGAUUAAACUUAGUGUGGGUAAGGAUAAGGCGCUGGCGGCGCUGGCGCUGGCGACGCCCUCGGAAGCUGUUGCCGACGCCGCUAAUGCCGACGCGGCGGAGUUGGCGGCGCGGCGCCACCAGUUGCAGUGUCAGUGCGUGCUUAUGCGGGUGAUGAAACAGGAGCACCGUUUGGGGUAUGCUCAGUUGAUGCACCGGUGUCUCGACUAUUUCGAAGCGCAAGGCCAGCUGGUGUCGCCGCGCCAGCUUAAACGCGAAAUGGACGCCUUGCUCGCCGCCGACGACCUCAAACGGCUCGACAACGGCGACAUUGAGUACGUGCCGUGA